AUGUCCUCCCUCAUCCAUCCUGUACAUUCUAUCUCGCAGAAAUGCCGACCUAAGCACCAAGUGCUGGUACUCAAGUGCUAUCCCAAGUACCAGAAGAAUGUACAGGAAGUCAAGCCGAGCUCUAGCGAGCUCAGCUAUCUGCUGUACUAUGCCAGCUCUCGGCGCUCGAAGCUGCAGAAGGUCGGCGCAUUCCUCGAGAAGAAGACCGCGUCCGAUGUCUACAUGCGACGUCUUGGCAAUGUCCAAGUCACGCUCCAGAUCAUCGCAGCCGUAAUCGAGAAGACACCACGCGACUUGAUGCUCUACUCUCACUCUGUCCUAGUCAUACUUGACACCGUUCUACGCUCCAACGAUAUCAACAUGGUAGAAGAGUCAUUGCCGACCUUCGAGGCGUGGUGUAAGCACGCCAACACGGCCGCUCUAUCAGCAGAUCAGCAACGGACGCAGCAGUAUAUGAAGCUGGUCGAGCAAUACGCUUCCUUCGCCGAUCCCGCCAAUACUGUCAAGACUAGGAGCAAUGAAUCUAUAUCUUUGAAUCUGCGAUGGCGAACGGCCGGCCUCCGGGCGAUUCGCGCUGCCGUUGCGUCGGAUGCUCUCAGUACAGACUCCGCGAAGCAGUUGAACAUUGUCAUGCCGGUGAUAUUACAGAAUAUGGGGCUUGACAAGGCCGACGUGCUAUCGUCUUUGCAGCAGCGAGCGCGACUAAAUGAGAAGCAAGAGAACGACUUUGUGCGCAGACGGAGACUCAGCAGUGCUACCAUCACUACUGUCGAUACUACCGACCGUCAGCUUACUGCGUCAGAGACAGCAGCAGAUGCGGACAAAGCCUCGGAAGACGAGGUCAAAGUCCUAGCUGUAAGAUGUCUCAAGCAAAUAUUCUCUGUCGGAACGAGUAGCAUUCGAGGGUACACCAGGUUGGCCACGGCGUUAACGAUCAAGUACAUUGCUUCUCAGAAAUCUCCCAGAAGUACGAUCCCGACCGGUUCGCAGGGCAAUUGGGCUACGGCACUUUUCGAAACGAUUGCAAGAUGGACGCCUGUUCAGGAUCGCUUUAUUAUUGUCAUCACAGCUAUGGAAACUUUGGUGCGAAGUCCAGUUGUUGAGGCCACACUGGACAAACAGUUGGUUCUGGCAUCUAUGAUCGACUGGCUGCUUAGCUCGGACAUCAACCUCAUCGGAUUGAGCAUCAUGGAUGUCAUGCUCGGCUUCGUGCAGUAUACUUUGGUGUUGCUUCAACUUGGCAGUAGGCAUGCCAGCAUCACACUGCAGAUCCCGCAAAACGACACUCUCGGCUUCAUACGAGAGGCAAAGGAAACUUUAGAUCCUGCACACGUCCUCUCCGAGAAGGACAGGGGUAGGGAACAAAGCACGGCUGAGACGACUGCUUCACCUGCCCGCCAAGAACUCCUUCAAUACCUACAAAGGUGCAUCGCCUCCUUGUCGAACCACAUCUACUACACAGAGCAGAUAUCAGACAUGUUGGCCGCAAUCCUUGCGAGGCUGAAACCAUCUGCCAAUGUGGAUGCUGCAGUCACUACAGCUGCAAUCGAGAAACCUGCAGCAGCUUCUAAAGCAAUUGCUGAUUCUGCAAGCAUACAAGAGGAUCCGACCACUGACAGCUUCUUCUCAUUCGCCACUGCACGGAUGACUGCAUUGAAAACUGUGAAGGAUAUCCUUAUGCGUGCCAGCCAUAAACGCAACUCGGCGGGCACUGCGGUCGGAUCUCGCGCCAGAGUCGGAGUGUAUGUCUGGGAAGGGACACAGUGGCUGCUGAAGGACGAAGACCCAGAGGUGCGCGUAGCAUACGUCGAUGCUAUCUUGACAUGGCUGCGUCUCGAGACCGGCAAGAACGACACACUCCUUCCGCGAGACGGUCCUCGCAAGGGCAAAUCUAUCAAAAAGACCACGACGCCAGAUGGCGAGACAAAUAUGACAAAGAGGGCUGUGUCGAAUGCAUCGAGGAAAGAGAGCAAGCCUGCCAGAUCAACCUUCGUGCAGCUUUUACAUCUAGCAGCGUACGAUUCGAUCAUCGACCGUUCUCACAAUGAGUCGGAUAUACUCAUGCUGUACCUCCUGCUCACCAAGCUUGUCGAACGUUUGGGAGUCAACGCUCUACGCACAGGGCUGCCAAUGAUCUUGAAGCUACAAGAAGCUGUUCUGAACAGCGAAAUCGAGCUCAGCACAAGCGCCAAAGUCAACAUCGCGAGCUUAAUACAAGGUUAUCUCUGGAGUGUGGCCGAAAAGUUCGAGUUUGAGACAACAAAGGUCGGCCACGAAAUCAAUGCCGAAAUCUCGCGACGGAAACGUUUCAACGUAUGGUUCGACAAGAUCAAGUUUCCGGCUUUGUCUCUGCAUAGUAUCGUCUCACAAGCUGCUGGUGAGCCGAAAGAUGCAGUCUACGCUGAAGAAGCGGCGGAUGCCUUGAAGCCCUUCCUGAACGUCACAGACCUGGUCGAGGAGAUUGCCAACGCCUAUGACACGGCUUUGCUCUCUCCUCAGCAUUCACCGCCUUCGUCACCCGGUAGAGUCUUCUCAGUACCGGCUCUUGGGUUCGGAUAUGGGUAUGGCGUCGCCCCGGGACCUAAACCAUCGCCAAAGGAACAAUUACCACAGAGGGUCAAAGAAGAGAUGGGGGCAACUUGGACGCGCGAGCUAUGCAUGGCCUCUGUGGAAAAGGAGAGCACAGGCUCCGUAGCCGGGACGUCAGGCCCACGACACCAUGUUAGCGUCGUUAGUGUCAAUAAGAAUGAGACAGUCGACAAUCAGGAGCACUCACCUGGACACGGUCUCAGCAGUGGGCUUGGUAGUUUGCAGAAGAUUCGCAGGGGCAGUCCGAACGGAUCGCCAAUACCGCUUGGAAGCACCUCAAGCAGAGACUCCACACUGCGUGUGACUGAACUCAAGCGAGUACUGUCUGCAUCAGGUCAUCAGCGUCAGGCCAGUCCACUCAGGCGUCCUCUCAGCUCACGUCGUAGCACAAUGUCUGCUGGGAGUGACAGCAUGGUGUCGUGGAAUGAAGCAGAUGAUGGCGAGAAGUCUGUCGAUGAUCCCAAUGCGUCGGCUUUCAUGACCAAUGGCAUCCAACGGAGUAGCAGCCAGAAUUCCGAAGCGGUGCCGCCAGUACCGAAGAUACCGUCGAACCUCAACUUGCCUGGCACAUUCCCCAGGGAAUCUUCUCCUGCAAGAAAUCGACAGAGCAGUCAGACCUUGAGCAGUCAAGUUGGAGAAGUUGCAAGCGAUGGCACACGACCAAACCAUACCGUCGAGUCUUCCCAAACGACUUCAUCCCUGCGAGCCGGCACAAAGCGCAGCUCCCGGCCUGCGAGCAGACAGACUGCCAGCGCGGCCUUCUGGAAGGGUGAUGCGCGAGUUCAAGCAACCGAGAAGAUCAAUGUUAGUAAUUUGCUUGCGGGAAUUCGGCCGAGCACGUCUUCGGGGAGCUUCUUGACGACGUCAGAGCCAGGUGCUGCGGGUCCUGCUGCUGGUGAUGGCGGACCGACGGAGGCAAAGGGGCUGUUGGUUGUUGAGAAGCCGCCCUAUUGA